AUGUCGGUCCAAAAAACCAAAUCACCCACUAUACAACAACCUAUAGGGCACGGAAGCACAACCGUUCAGACUGAGGAUUUGAACGAGCCGGCCAUCGAGUUGCCAGGAACAUGGCAGUUGGCGAUUAUCACCGUAUCUCUGUGCUGCGGAACCAUCUUGGUUGCUCUUGACACUACAAUUAUCAGUGUCGCCGUGCCCAGCAUCUCCACAACCUUUCAGACAUUUGACGAUGUUGGCUGGUAUGGGUCUGCCUAUCUUCUCACUGUGACCGCCUUUCAGCCAGCCUUUGGCAAUAUCUUCCAGCUGUUCAAUGCGAAAACAACAUAUGUGGUAGCCGCUGUUCUGUUUGAAAUCGGAUCAGUGAUAUGUGCUGCUAGUCCUACUUCCGCCGCAUUUAUCUGUGGUCGAGCGAUCACAGGGGUUGGCGCAGCUGGAUUAUAUCAAGGUGCGCUCAGUAUUAUUGGACUCACCGUUGAGUUGGAUCAGCGACCCAUGUACCUGGGAAUUGUUCUCAGCGUAUUUGGUAUUGCUGCAUGUCUGGGACCCCCGUUGGGCGGUAUCCUCACACAACACGCGACCUGGCGCUGGUGCUUUUGGAUCAACCUACCAAUCGGUGCCGUGUCUAUCGUCCUAAUCUUUUGCUUCCUGAAACUCCGCGUCCAUUACUCGAAGCCGCCAGACCCAAUUCUCGCCCGUGUCCGGUCUUUGGACAUCAUUGGUAUUGUCUUGACCAUUGCCUGGGUAUGCUGCCUGAUUUUAGCAUUGCAAUUCGGUAGUCGCGCCAGCUAUUGGCGCUCAUCCAGGGUAAUUGGCCUUUUUGUCGGCUCCGGACUGCUCCUGAUAGCGUUCUCCAUCUCUCAGUGGCGCCAAGGAGAACGUAGCACCAUUCCUCUACGCAUUCUUCGUCAGCGCUCAGUGAUCAUGGGUGCCAUAUAUUCUUUCUUCUUAGAGAUCAGUAUUUAUGUGACCCUCUACUAUAUCCCGUUUUACUUCCAGUCCGCGCAGUUGGUCUCCCCAACGGUCAGCGGUGUUCGAGGUAUUCCACUUGGUAUUUCGCAGAUUGCCGCUGUUGUUCUCACAGGAGUAGCAGUAUCACUAACAGGGCACUACGUUCCAUUCAUGAUCUUGGGUCAAGUCAUUUCCAUCAUAGGAACAGUCUUUUUGGCCAGACUCGAGGUCGACACAUCCACCGCAUUAUGGGCGACAUUCCUCGUUAUUGCCGGAGUGGGGCAUGGCAUGGGCCUGCAGAUGCCCUUCACAGCGGUCCAGGUUGUUCUCGGCGACAACGACAUUCCAAUAGGAAAUGCUAUCACAGUUUUCUUUUCCCAGCUCGGCGCCGCCAUUGCUAUCGCCAUAGGCGAGAGUAUUUUCCACACCAGCAUCGCCCACCAAAUCCAUGCAUCCCAUCUCCCCAUCGCCGCAGCGACAGUCAUCGCUGCCGGUCCAACUGGCCUACAAUCCCUCACCACCGAUGCGGCAAUACUCCACGAGUUACAAGGCACCUAUGCGUACGGAAUUCGGAUGGUUAUGUACUUUGCGCUGGCAGCGACAUGCACGGCUGUACCGUUUGCCUUCGGCAUGGAGUGGCUAAAUGUGAAAAAGGAGGUGGAAAAAAGGAAGAUAGUGGAGGAGACCGUAGAUACCGCAACCCCUGAAUUAGCGCGUCAAUAUGCGGCUAAUAUGCGGCGCGAACCUAGUGCUUAUGUUCCAGUUUUUCACUGCUUCCAGGUGUAA